AUGUCGUUUCAGAGCGCCAGUGCUGUUAGAAGCCGACUUCCGACUUUUAACAAAAUUCCGAUCGAUCUCGCUACAGAGGCCAAGCUCUUGAAUUUCAAUCAAUUGGCUACUGUUGACUUGCGAAAUGCAGUUUCAGCAGUUGCGGCGGCGAAAAAUAAGAAGACAGUUGGAUUGUACGAAGAAGUCCUCAUCGACUGGCUCAAGAAGUUCGACGCUCAUCUUUCCGACCGAACAUUCUUCGUUGCGGAACGCCCAACAACUGCUGACUACGCAGUUUUCUCGGAACUAGCCGUUGCAUUUUCAACCCAGUACCCAGAAGAUCGCAUCAAAACCGACUUCGCCAAUCUGCAUCGUUGGUUUCGAACAGUUCUCGUGCAGAACUCCGCCAAACUCGGAUCGUUUAGAUAUUACACCCCACCACCAGCGGGAAUGAACACGAAUAUCACCGCCAACGAGGUGCGAACGCAAUUUCUUGAAUUUUUCAAGGAGCGUGAGCACCCUUAUGUCCACUCGAGCUCGACCAUCCCUCAUGAUGAUCCUACUCUUCUCUUUGCCAACGCCGGUAUGAAUCAAUUCAAGUCGAUCUUCGUUGGAACGAUUGAUCCAUCUUCCCCAAUGGCCAAGCUCAAAUCCGCUGUUAAUUCUCAAAAGUGCAUCCGAGCAGGAGGAAAGCACAACGAUUUGGACGAUGUCGGAAAGGACUCUUACCAUCAUACAUUUUUCGAAAUGCUGGGAAGUUGGUCUUUCGGAAAUUACUUCAAGAAAGAAGCAAUCGCUUGGUCCUUCGAGUUGCUCAACAAAGUCUGGGGAAUUCCAGCUGAUCGUCUUUACGCCACUUACUUUGAAGGAAAUCCCGAAGCUGGACUCGAGCCCGACAAUGAAGCCCGUGAAGAAUGGCUAAAAUAUCUCCCUGCAGAUCAGAUUCUCCCUGGAAACGCGAAAGAUAAUUUCUGGGAAAUGGGUGACACUGGCCCAUGUGGCCCUUGCUCAGAGCUUCAUUACGAUCGAAUCGGCGGACGAAACGCAGCCAGCUUGGUAAACAUGGACGAUCCAGAUGUCCUUGAAAUCUGGAACUUGGUCUUUAUGCAGUACGAUCGACAGCCUGACAAAAGUUUGAUUCCCCUUCCCGCCAAAUCAGUCGAUACUGGAAUGGGCCUUGAGCGAGUUGUCUCUGUUUUACAGGACAAACGCGCAAACUACGACACGGACAUGUUCUCUCCAUAUUUUAAGAAAAUCCAGGAGCUAACCGAAACCCGCGCAUAUACCGGUCUUUUCGGCGCGGAAGACAAAGACGGUGUCGACAUGGCCUACCGAGUGCUUGCUGAUCACGCUCGAACUCUUUCCAUCGCUCUCGCCGACGGUGGUCGACCAGAUAACGUCGGUCGAGGCUACGUCCUCCGAAGAAUUCUCAGAAGAGCAAUUCGCUAUGGUCACGAAAAAUUGAACAUGAAGGUCGAUGAUUUUACCGCUCUUGUCGAUGUCGUUGUUGAGUCACUCGGCGACGCUUUCCCAGAGCUCAAGAAAGAUCCUGAGUCUACCAAAGAGAUCCUCAAGGAAGAAUGGAUUCAAUUCAUGAAGACUCUCGAUCGAGGGCAAAAAAUUCUAGAGCGAAAGAUCAAACAGCUCAAUCUCACUGACAAGCUUCCUGGAGACGUUGCCUGGCUUCUUUAUGAUACCUAUGGCUUCCCAUUAGAUUUGACCACGCUUAUUGCUGAGGAACACGGACUGACUCUAUCCUGUGACGAAUUUGAAGAAGAACGCCAGAAAGCGAUCGAACGAUCGAAGGGAGCUGGUGCUGGUGUUGAUGAAAGUAUCAAUUUAGAUGUCCAUGCUCUUGCGAAGCUCCAGGACGAUGGUGUUCCAACAACUGAUGAUUCGCCAAAGCAGAACUACGACGCAAACGAAGCUGGUGAAUACUCUUUCAAUUCGAUCAAAGCAAAAGUUUUGGCCCUCCGAUUCAACAAAGAAUUCCACCAAAAUUGUGACAGCUGUGAAGUAGGAAUCGUCUUAGACAAGACGAAUUUCUACGCUGAGCAAGGUGGUCAAAUCUAUGACUUGGGCUACUUUUCCCGAGAGAAUGAUGAUGACUUUGAGUUCAACGUCAAAAAUGUACAGAUUCGAGCUGGAUAUGUUCUUCAUGUAGGAACUUUAGUUGGUAAAUUGGCAGUUGGUGAUGAACUUGUUCUCAAUAUCGAUAUUGAGCGACGAGUGAACAUUAUGCCAAACCAUACUGGAACGCACGUUCUCAACUUUGGCCUCAGAUGUGUCCUUGGCGAGGCUGAUCAGAAAGGAUCUCUUGUUGCUCCCGAACGACUGAGAUUCGAUUUCACCGCAGGUGGAGCUCUCAAGCCAGCUCAAAUCAAACAGGUCGAAGAAAUCUGCAAUGAAGUAAUCACCCGAGGUGGAGCUGUCCACUGCCAAGUCUCUCCACUCGCUCAGUCAAAAGCUAUUCAGGGUCUGCGAGCUAUGUUCGACGAAACUUAUCCAGAUCCAGUUCGGGUUGUUUCAAUCGGUGUUCCAGUUAAUGAACUUCUUUCGAAUCCCACAUCUGGUGCUGCUGACAAGACAUCAGUGGAGUUCUGCGGCGGUACUCACUUGAGAGACAUUUCUCAUGCAAGAAAACUCAUCAUAACUACGGAAGAGGCCAUCUCAAAGGGUAUCCGACGAAUGAUCGCGGUCACUGGUGCUGAAGCAGAGAAAGCAGAUCGACAGGCUCAGAGAUUAGGGACGAUCAUUCAACUCAAAAUAGAAAAGGAUGUGAAUGAGCUAAAGGUGGAAGUCAAAGAAGCAAUUCAAGCGAAAAACACCGCGGAUGCUAAUCAACGUGCAAUUACUCUUGGAAAAACAAUGGAAGUUGCACCGAUUUCUGCGUGGAAACGUGCUGAACUUGUUGAUGCUGUGAAGAAGGCAAAGAUGGAGAUUGUUCAAUAUGAACAGAAGGUGCAAAAAGAAAGAAUCGCCAACUUAAAAUCUGAAACCGAAAAGCGAAUCGACGCCGGAGAUGUUGCCGAGCCAGAAGUACUCCUCCUUGAUGCAGGCAGCAACAACAAAGUUCUCAAUGAAAUUCUCAAACUCUACGCAAAGAAAUCUCCGAAGUCGCAUGUGUUACUCUUCAGUGCGGAUCACACCGCCAAGAAAGUCCUUUGUCUCGCUCAAACUCCCAAGGGCUCAACAUUGAAAGCAAACGAAUGGGUCGGUUCAAUUAGUCCUCUUAUCGAUGGACGAGGUGGUGGAAAAGACGUUCAAGCGCAAGCGUCGGGUAAGAACGUUGCUGGGCUCAAUGAUGCCCUUGCUAAGGCAAAGGAAUUUGCUGCAGCGAAUCUUUAA